AUGGCAGCUAAGUUUACAUCUGAGUCACGACGUAGGUUAGCGCUUGUGAUUGGUAUCGGUGAUUAUCAAAAUGUCCGAAAAUUGCAAAAUCCUCAAAAUGAUGCGAAAGCAUUAUCAUCUCUCUUGCAACGUAUCGGCUUUACUACUGCUGAUCAACACUUGGAUAAAACACGCAAUCAGUUGCAACAUGUUCUUGUGGAUUUUGAAGACUCAAUACAAUCUAACGAUAUAGUCCUGUUUUAUUUUGCUGGACAUGGGGUACAAUGGGAAGAUCAAAAUUAUUUGUUGCCAAAAGACUUUCCUGACAUGGAGGCAGCAGAUGAAAAGAAAAAAGUUGAAUUUUUAAAAAAGAAUGCUAUUAAUGCACAAGAUAUUCUUAACAUAUUAAGUGAUAGAAAACCAUAUGCUAUCAUUUUUCUUUUGGAUUGCUCUAGACAACAUUUUUUAAGGAAUAUUGAUCUGAAUAAAUGUGGUUUAAAUGCAAACGAGUCUAGAUCAGUUGGACUGACAGCUAUGCAUAAAGCAGGCUCUUUGGUUGCUUUUGCUUGUGCACCUGGUGCAUUAGUCGACGAUAGAUCAGAAGAACAAAACAGUCUAUUUAUGAAGCAUCUUUUGAAAAAUCUUCCAACUCCGAACGAAGACAUUGUAAAUAUAUUGCGAAAUGUGACUCGUGGAGUGAUGCAAGAUUCUAAUUCAAAACAGAUUCCAUUUAUGAGUGUUCAAUUAUGUCAAAACAAUAUAUACAUGUGUGAGCAAGCAGACGGUAAGAAUAAUAGCUUUCGAUGGAGUGAAACAAAAGUUACUAUACGACGUGUUUCAUCGACACAAUGUAUGAACAUACAGUGA